AUGACAGUAACCUCUUCCUCAUCUAAACAACCCAAUUUUUUAAUCAUUGUUGCUGAUGAUUUAGGUUUCACCGAUUUAUCACCAUUUGGAGGUGAAAUCAAUACUCCAAAUUUAAAUAAACUAGCUACUGGUGCCAAUGGAGUUCGAUUAACUGAUUUUCAUACUGCUUCAGCUUGUUCUCCAACAAGAUCAAUGUUAUUAAGUGGUACUGAUAAUCAUAUUGCUGGAUUAGGACAAAUGGCUGAAUUUGCUCAACGUCAUCCUGAAAAAUUCAAUAAUCAACCCGGUUAUGAAGGUUAUUUAAAUGAUAAAGUGGUUGCUUUACCAGAAAUUUUACAAGAUAAUGGAUAUCAUACAUUUAUUUCUGGGAAAUGGCAUUUAGGUUUGAAAAAACCUUAUUGGCCCAAUAAAAGAGGAUUCAAUAAAAGUUUUACAUUAUUACCUGGUGCUGGUAAUCAUUAUAAAUAUAUUACCAGAGAUUCACAAGGUAAUCAAAUCCCCUUUUUACCAGCAAUUUACGUUGAAGAUGAUAAAGAAUUAUUACAACCGGAAAUUGAAUUACCCGAUGAUUUUUAUUCAACAAAUUAUUUCACUGAUAAAGCCAUUGAAUUUAUUAAAGAAACCCCUGAAGGUAAACCAUUUUUCGGAAUGAUUACUUAUACAGCUCCUCAUUGGCCUUAUCAAGCACCACAAGAUAAAAUUGCCAAAUAUAAUGGAGUUUAUGAUAAUGGACCAGAAGAAUUACGUCAAAAAAGAUUACAAUCUGCCAAAAAUUUAGGAUUAAUUGAUACAAAUAUAAUUCCUCAUCCAAUUAAAACUAUUCGUAAAUCAUGGGAUGAAUUAACUCUGUUGGAAAAAUUGAAAGAAAUUAAAAUCAUGCAAACUUAUGCUGCUAUGGUGGAAAUUUUAGAUGAAAAUAUUGGUCGAUUAAUUGAUCAUUUAAAUUCAAUUGAUGAAUUAAAUAAUACAUUUAUUUUAUUUAUGUCAGAUAAUGGAGCUGAAGGUAUGUUAAUGGAAGCAUUACCUUUAACUAAUCAAAGAAUUAAUAAAUUUAUCGAUGAAUAUUAUGAUAAUAGUUUAUCUAAUAUUGGUAAUAAAAAUUCAUUCACUUAUUAUGGUGAUCAAUGGGCUCAAGCAGCAACUGCUCCUCAUGCAAUGUAUAAAAUGUGGUCUACUGAAGGAGCAAUUGUAUGUCCAUUAAUCAUUCAUUAUCCAAAUUUAUUUUCUUCUUCUGCCGUUUCUGGUGGUGGUAGCGGUGAUGGUGAUGGUGACGGUGACGGUGGCAAGAUUCUUAAAGAAUUCACAACGGUGAUGGAUAUUUUACCUACAAUAUUAGAAUUAGCUAAUGUAUCACAUCCAGGAGAAACUUAUAAAGGUCGUCAAGUUGUUAAACCAAGAGGUAAAUCAUGGGUUAAUUAUUUGAUUAAUAAAACUGAUCAAGUUCAUGAUGAAAAUACCGUUACUGGUUGGGAAUUAUUUGGUCAACAAGCAAUUAGAAAAGGUUCAUUUAAAGCCAUUUACAUUCCAAAACCAUUUGGACCGGAAAAAUGGCAAUUAUUUAAUAUAAUUGAAGAUCCGGGUGAAAUUAAUGAUUUAAGUGAAUCAUCAUCAGAGUAUCAAACCAUUUUAAAUGAAUUAUUAGAUCAUUGGGCGGUUUAUGCUGCUGAAACGGGAUUAAUUGAAUUAGGUAGUGAUUUAUUUGAAAAAGAAAAAAUUGAAGGUGAAUCAAAUGAAGUUGUUUAUAGAACCAUCCUUGAUAAUAAUUGA